AUGACCGCAGAGGCGCAGCACCCAGCAAGGCUGCUCAUCAGCUCCUCCCGGAAGCCCAUCUCCUAUGUUCCGGCGGCAAAGCGCCUCCUCCAGGAGCAUGGCGAGGUGCACUUGUCGGCUCUAGGCAUUGCAUGCAGCAGCAUGGUAACGGUGGCGGAGAUACUGAAGAGCCGCAGCCUGGCGACCGAGAAGCGUGUAGGCACGAUGCUGGAGCUGCUAGAGGAUGAGCCACGUCCACGGCAAAAGCCCAAGAUGGAGGUGCUGCUGGUCAAGUCGGCCGAGUUCGACUCCAUCAUCGCAGCUGAGAAGGAAGCUGCUGCCGCCGAAGCCGUGGAAAAGGCAGCAGCCGCUGCAGAGAAAGAGGCGGCCAAGGAGGUCGAGGCAGGCAAGGAGGUCGAGGCCAAGACGGCAGGCGAGGCUGCCACGGUUGGGGAGGUAGACGAUGCAACAGCGGAUGGAGCCGAGGACGCAGUGGCAGAGCCCGUUGUCUAA